CUUUUUUGUUUAUUUUUUUCUUUGUUUUCAUUUUGUGUCCUUUUUUUCUUACGUGCUAGUUUGUCUACAUCCUAUUUUAGUAAAGAGAGGAAAGAAAUGCAAACUUUAAACAUUACUAAUAUAUUUGUAAGUCAUCAUAAUUUCUUUAGUAAAAGGGGGAAGAUUUGAAGAGAAACCAGAGAGACAUUAUAAUUUCUAAAUUUCUGCUGGAAUGUUUAAAAAUACUUACAAACUGAACAUUUUCCCUGCGUGUUAUAGUACAAAAAUUAUUGUACAAACAGUGCAAAAGCAUUUAAAGUAAAAUGGACAGUUCCCUUCCUUCUGCAUUAAGCUUUCCAGUCCUCAGAGGAAACAAUAGUUUAUGUUCUUACAUAACUACUUUCUAUGUCUAUUUUUACCCAGAUGAGUUAUUAUAAACUUUAUCCAAGUUUGGGUUUUUUUACACAAUAGUAACAAGUUAGUGAGCUUGAAAGAGUUAUUUGUUUUAAUUGGCGAGGCAGCAGUUACAGAGAGAAGGAGGAAUGGGUGACUGUCUGUCUGCUGGUUCACUCCCUAGGUAGCUGCAACACGAGCUGAGCUGAGCUGAGCUGUAGCCAGGAAGCAGGAGCUCCCUCCGGGUUUCCCAUGUGGGUGCAGGUGGCCAUGAAUGCUUUCCCCGGCCACAAGCAGGGAGCUGGAUGGUUAAGUGGAGCAACAGCCACAGACUGGCACCCAUAUGGGAUCCUGGCCCAUCCAGAAGGGAGGAUUAGCCAAUUGAGCCAUCGUUCUGGGCCCAUGUUAAUGAGCGUUAAAAAGUUCUGCCGCUUAAAACUUCUUACCAUUUAUUUUGGAAUUUAAUGCCUACUGAAGUCUUUAUAGAAGGCUUUUUUUUAUUCUUCUGUAAAGUAUUGAAUUAAAAUUGUACUGGGCUUAAAUUUCUUAUAAUUUGGCAGUGUGAUUUGAUUACAAAUGUUUCACCUUACUCUCUGUCUUUCCCCUCACCACUCGCACCUCUGCUCCAGUCCGCACACUGGCUUUCCCUGUCUUAGUCUCUUUUCAUCACACAUGUGCUUGCUGAGCGGCUCCUGAGUGCCUGGCAGCAUGCAGGGUGCUGCAUAGACGGUGGCGAGGAGGAUAGACAGGCCCUGCCUGCCUCUUGGCUCUCAUGUCCUAUAGCAGAAAUGGCAGGGCUUGGAGUGACCUGGCUCCAGGUCACAGCAGCGGCCUGGAUCGAGAACAGCAUUUGGAAUUUGGACUUCAGAGUGACCACGUUUCAUAUUGGCUGGGAUUUCUGUGUGUAAGUUCUGUUUUCUUGUUCAGUGUGUAUUUCUUACAUAGAAACCAGCAGCAAUGGAAGGAUUAGUUUUACAGGGCAAACUAAAAUGUUCUGACGUCAUGGUCUCUGUGUUGUGGCCAAGGAUGGUGUUUGUGUGUUGGAGAAAGCGUUUUUUGUUUGCUGUCGGUAAUGCCCAGGGUUCCACUGCACAGUUCACUGGAGCGCCUUGUUUGGUGACUCAUUGAAAUGUUCCAUGUAUUUUCCUAGUUACUGAGAAAGCACUUUGUGUACCUUUUCCAAUCUUUGAUUUUUUUUUUAUUCUAACAAAAGGAAAAAAAUCCAAGUUGUUUUGAUGUUUUAUUUUUUUUAAAAAAUUAGGGGCCGAUACUGUGGUGGAACGAGUUAAGUUGCCAGUUGCAAUACAAGCACCCCGUACUGCAGUGCUAGUUCGAGUCUUGGGGCUGCUCUGCUUCUGAUCGGACUCCCUGCUAGUGCGCUGGGAAGGCAGUGGAUGAUACCUCACGUACUUGGGUCCCUGCCGCCCACGUGGAGUUGUCUGCUCCUGCUUCAUCCUGGCAGGACUGGCUGCUGCUCUCUGCCAGUGGACCAGCAGACCCAGAUCAUCUCUACUGUGUGUUCAGGUGUACCUGUAUUUCUUUUAAGUUGAUUAAAGCUAUUUUAAAACAUCAGGUACCUCAUAGUCUGACUGCCAGGACUGCACAAGCUUACCUGCCAUGGGCUGUCGGGAUGUCCACGCGGCCACAGUCCUCUCCUUCCUGUGUGGAAUUGCCUCAGUAGCAGGUCUAUUCGCGGGGACUCUGCUUCCCAACUGGAGAAAGUUACGACUGAUCACAUUCAACAGGAAUGAGAAGAACCUGACUGUGUACACAGGCCUGUGGGUGAAAUGUGCCCGGUACGACGGGGGCGAUGACUGCCUGAUGUAUGACACGACCUGGUACUCAUCGGUUGACCAGCUGGACCUGCGUGUCCUCCAGUUUGCCUUGCCCCUCAGCAUCCUGAUCGCCAUGGGUGCCCUGCUGCUGUCCCUGAUUGGAAUGUGCAACACUGCCUUCAGGUCCUCCGAGCCUAACAUCAAACUGGCCAAGUGCCUAGUCAAUAGUGCAGGCUGCCAUCUGGUGGCCGGGCUGCUCUUUUUCUUGGCAGGUACCGUAAGCCUCUCUCCAUCCAUCUGGGUCAUCUUUUACAACGCUCACCUGAACAGGAAGUUUGAGCCUGUCUUUUCGUUUGACUACGCAGUGUAUGUCACGAUCGCCAGUUCGGGGGGCUUGUUCAUGACCUCUCUUUUGCUGUGUAUUUGGUACUGUGUCUGUAAAUCCUUACCCUCUCCUUUCUGGCAUCCGCUGUACUCCCAUCCUCCCAGUAUGCACACUUACUCACAGCCCUAUUCAGCCCGCUCCCGCCUCUCUGCCAUUGAAAUUGACAUUCCAGUAGUUUCCCAUGCCACCUAAUGGGGACUCAGUUGUUAGAAACAACAACAAAAAAUCUUAUAGCCUCACAGUCCCCCUUGUGCAAGGAGCAUUUUUGGACCUACAUCCAUUUUUCUUUGUUCCUGACCAGUGAAGCCAAAUUUGUCCUGUUAGAAUGAAGUGCUGCUAGUUUUUAUGAGAAGUACUUUAUUUUAAAUGUGAAUCCUUCCUAUUAUCUUGCUAAUUCUAUUGGAAGAAUUUUUAACUUUCAUAUUGAUAUCAGAUCAAGUAUUCAAAUAGAAGGGACCUGUGUUAUGACAGGUGACUUAGAGUGACAGGAGUGAUGGCUGAAAGAAGUCAUUGUAAUAUUUCAGGUUGUAUAUCUGUUCUCCUUUUUCUAUGACAUAAUAAAUGCCAAAAAAAGAAAAAGCAUUUUCAAAUGAAAAAUUUACCCUAAAAGGGGGUAGAAUUUUAACAGUAGUCAAUAAUCGGUUUCAAGCUGUAAGUUUUUCUUACUUAGCUCUUGGGGCUAAUUGUGCUAUGUAGGCUUUAGCAUGUUGAAGAACCCUUUGAAGUGUCUUAUCUUCUACCUCAUGUUAGUGUUUAAAAGUAAAAUACAUUUUAAGUGACGUCAGGGUAAUGCUAAUUUUAAGUAUAAAUUAGUUACAGAUAGCAUUUAAUGUAACUUUUUAAAUUAAUGAUUUCAUAAAUCGUGUUACAGGAGUUAAAAUGUGCCAUGUGACAGGUUGGUGCUUCCUGGGAGGAAGGGAAAUUUUUUUCCAGAUACCGCCCACCCAGCGGUUCUCCCGCCUACACACUUCCUAAUGGCGAAGAGAAAUAAAAGAGCCUUAAUGGUUUGGGUUUUAUAAAAUAUGUGGAAGGGGACAAGAGUCUUUUUCAGUGACAGCAUUAGAACUCUGCUCUGGUGACUGCCUUUUGAGUAAUGGGUGAAGAAGCAAGGAAUGACUUUGCCAUGAGCUCCUUUAUCUGUAGUUCAGCUUCUGCCCCAUCAUUUGAUGAUUUCCUUGUGUGUAUAUUUCUGCCUAGUGCCAUAGCAGGCGAGUUAGAGGAUGCCUGGAGAGUAUGACAUCUGAUUUUAGCCACUUAAACAUUUUCAAAUAAUUGAGAGCAUAAGAUGUUAUCUCCCAUUAGGGAGCAGUCUGAUUUUCUUGAUGGCUGGCCUUAACUUCUCAAUUAUUGAUUCAGGAAGAUAUUUCUAUCAGAGAUUUUUCUAGUAGACAGGUUUUAUAACACCAGCAAUAUCCUGGACCUAGAGAAAUCAGUCUACUUCAAUUCAUUGAAUCCUUAGGGUACCUAGCUCAUUAGCCUGGAUGUUGUGAAAGCAUCAUGUCAGAUUUAUAAGAAUGGGCAGAAGUGGGAGAAAAAUUAUGUUGAAAGCUUUCUACCUUUAAAACUAUGAUAACAUGUUAAGGAGGAAGAAUUUUUAAUGUCUUCUGAUGGGGUAAUGGUUAGGAAACUAUGUUGUUGCUGAGACAAAUACUUAGGAAUUCAGGGAUAUUGGGUUUUAAUGCUAGGAAUUUGAGCUGCUUAUUGGCAUAAUUUGCAACGUGUCAGCAUUGUAUCCACAAAGAUUCUGUUCCUUUAAACAUUGCAGAUUUUACAAGUAGUAAAUUGUAAAACUAUUAUGCCUCUUUUAAAGAUCUGAGUAAGAUUCUUGUUAUCCUACAGUUGUAUGUAUAUGGUAUUUUCUUCUGAUUCCAACAAUAGUUUAUGUAUAUAGCAACUAAGGCCAGUUGUGUAAUUUUCACAAGGCUAGGUAUUUUAAGUUACAGCUUCUGGUUUCUUUGAGUUCUGAUCUUGUUCUCUCUUUCUUUCUUUCUUUUUUUUUUUUUUUUUUUUUUUUUGAGUGGCUGAGUCUGGAUCAUUCCAAGACAAGGAGGGGUGGAAUUUUGAAAUUAAUUUUAAGCCUAUUAACAUUGAUGUUGCCUACUUGGCAAUUAUUUAAAUCUCUUCUCUCACAAAAGGUUUGGCUUGAAUGAUUGCGAAUUCCACCAUUCCUUUGGCCGUGGUGUCCAUAAUGUUACAGAAAAGUAGACUCAGCCAUUAAGGCACUAGACAGGUCUUAGUCCGAGGAAUUGUAAAUAUAAACAUGAAGCUUUUGAGAAUCUUGUUUUAUAACAUCAAAUUAGUUAUUUAUUAUGGUUUCAUUGGGCAGAAGAAAUAACUGCUUCUUUGCUGACUUUUUUCUUAAGUGGUUCAGAUUUGCUAUUGAGUAAAGAAAGCAAAUAUUUUUGUUGUUGUUGUUUUUUCAAGCACUUAUCAGGCUAUCACUGGACUAAGGGGCUAUACCUUUUUCCUAUUAAGUUUAAAGACCUUUACUGAUGCCAUCAGUGAAAACAACCUAAAACAUGUUAGGCUGUGUCAGAUUUGAUUUACCCAGCAGUGGGAGACAAAUAAAUAAAUAACCUGAGUUUACUCUAUUUGUACAUACACACUAUAAUGGGUACGAUGUUUGCUGUAAACUGUAAUGUAAAACCUCAAAUAAAGUGCACUGUACUUCUUGAUGUUUAUUAAAAGAUGUAUUU